AUGGAAAUUAUUACUUUAAAUGAAAUGACCACAUUUCAAAAUAGAACAGUUAUGAGAAAACAGAAAGUUAAAAAGAAUUUUGAUCUUGGAGAAUCUGAUAGUAAAGGUUAUUAUAGGGCUAAAUAUAAAUAUUGUCUUAAAGAAAAAUGGCAAUAUGGUAAAUCUUCUGUGAUAGAAUCUUAUUUAGCUCUGCAUUGUAAGGGUGAUGUUCCUAAUAAUAUAAGACAAAAAUGGUUAAUUCAAGUUACUAAACAGAAUGAAAAUAUUAAAGAUAGUGAUAAUAGUGAUAAUAAAAGUUCAUCAUUAACUUCCAAAAAAUCUAAAACUUUAAAGUUUAAUUUUAAGAUAACCAAGCCUGUAUUAGAUGAGCAAAGUAGAGAAUUUGAUAAAGCUUUACUUAAAGCUUUUGUUAGUUGUAGAUUAUGCAAUGGAACAUUUCAUCAAAUUUAUGAGAUCAUUAUGAAAUUUUACAAAAGUAUUUAUAAUGAUGAAGCUUCUUGUCAACAAUUGGGUGUUAUUGAAGAUAAUUAUAACUAUUUUCAAGAUCUUGCAAAACCUAUUUUUGCAAUUGUACUCUCGCAAGCAAAUUAUUUAUCAGAAGAUAAUUUAUGUGAUAGUGCACUAAAUCUAACAGCUUAUAUAACAAAUGAAAGUUACAAAUUAAUUAUUAAAGAAAAUGAAGAAAAUUCUAUAGUGCGUAAUCAAUUAUAUAAUGAAAAAUGUGAGAUUGGAUCAGUUGCUAAUUUAUCUAAUACAACUUUUGGCAGACAAGAUAAUGCUAAAGAAACUUUAAUGAUUAUACAAAGAAGUAGUAAUAUGGAUUUUGAUCUAGCUGUUAUAGUAGAAAAUGAAUUUCAAUUAAAUUAUAUAUAUUAA